CAAAACUUCUGCAAGAAUAACGCCACUUGCCAAAGCGGUUUUACCGACAAAGGAUACCGCUGUUUGUGUACUGCUGGAUUCAAAGGUCAAAACUGUGACGAAGAUAUUGAUGAGUGUGUUGAGGGAUCACACAGCUGCAGUGUUGAUGCUGUGUGUAACAAUACUAAGGGAUCGUACAAAUGCACAUGUCAACCACGAUACCAUGGAGAUGGAUUGACGUGCGAAGGUCCUUUCCUUCAUUCGUGUAAAGAAAUUUACAAAAGUAAAAGGUCAAAGGAAAAUAGAGCUUAUCAACUUCUAGUGGAUCAUGGGAAGGUCAACGUUUACUGUCACAUGACAGAUGACCUUGAGGGCUGCGGGGGCGGUGGAUGGACGAUGGUAAUGAAAAUGGACGGCAGCAAGUCAACCUUUCACUUCGAUUCGCAACUCUGGAGUAACAUGAGUGACUUCAAUCCUCAAGGAGGGGAGACUGGGCUUGACUUUCAAGAGACCAAGCUACCGACCUACUGGAACACAUCCUUCUCCAAGAUCUGUCUAGGGAUGAAGAUUGGUAAUCUGCCCAGGUUCAUUCUCGUCAAAAAACAAGCCAGCUGUUUGUACUCACUGAUCGCUGACGGACAAUAUCGUGACACGUCACUGGGUCGUAACACGUGGAAGUUCCUGAUUGGCUCCGAGGCAUCCUUGCAAUUACAUUGUAACAAGGAAGGGUUCAAUCCCACUUCUAAGAAGAAAGGAAAUGCCAAAGCUAGAAUCGGUAUCAUUGCUAACGACAAUAGCGGUUGCAAAACUUGUGAUUCCAGAAUUGGCUUUGGCACAGGUGGGUAUGGAGACGACUCCAACAAGUGUGGGAACGAAGCAAAGCACAAUUCAGAUAAUGAAGACAAACACAUCAAAGCCAUGGGGUACAUCUUGGUUCAAUGACAAGGAAAUCGUUCUAAUCUUCAAUAAAUAAACAAGAAGCCAGCCCUAAAGGACUUGUAUAUAAGUAGAUGUAGCAAAAGAGGUCUGAAAAAGAAAUUAAACACCGAGUCUGAACCUAUCUAGUUUCGUCCUGGUAGGAUUUCCACCUCCUUCUCCCCCAAAAAGUACAAUUUUAGGCAGCUAAAAGCGCUUCGUUGUUAGUCCUGCAAGGAGG